AUGCUAAGAAUUGGGGGGUAUGACGUGAAGAGGGUGAUGGUGGACCAAGGCAGUGGUGUUGAAAUUAUGUACCCCGACUUGUACAAAAGGCUGAAUUUGAGACUCGAAGACUUAACAACCUACGAUUCUCCUUUGGUUGGUUCAGAUGUGGUGGAGGUGGACUUCAUCGUGGUGGAUGCUUAUUCCCCUUACACGGCUAUUGUGGCCAGACCCUGGCUUCAUGCCCUAGGAGCUGUCUCUUUUACUCUGCACCAAAAGGUGAAAUAUCUGACAGAGGGCCAGAUUGAAAAGAUUCAAUUAAAGGCUCCGAAGUUGCCUAUUAAUGGAUCAGCCGAGGAGGCGAAAUGCGAAGAUUUAGAAACAGUUGUUAUUGGUAAUGACCCAGAGAAGUUCUUUCAGAUCGAAGCUUGGUUACCUCCUCUGGAGAAGGAAGAGCUGAUAAAGUUCCUUAGGAGAAAUGUUGAUGUGUUUGCAUGGAACGCUUACGAAGCCUUAGGGGUGGAUCCGAGCUUCAUCUGCCAUCAUUUAAAUGUUAAUCCAUCUGUCACCCCCAAAAAGCAACCACCUCGGCACUCAUCCAAAGAUCAUUCUGAUGUUGUCAAAGACUAA